AUGGGCGGAAGGUGUGAAGCAUGCAGAGCAAAUAUAAGUGUUACACAAAAACGAAUAAAAUGCACACAAUGUUCGCAUAAUUACCAUUCAGAGUGCAUAAAUUUUAAUAAUGAUACUGCUUCAAGAUCUGAAUGGAAGUGUCCCGCUUGCAUUGCUUCUUGUCGAAGAGGUGGUGACAACAGUAACACUCCGAUACGCUCUAAUAAGUCUCCUUCUAAAAUCGUCCACGAUAAAACUAUGAUUAGACCAUCAAACAAAAGUUCCGACCAACCAACACCUAUCAAUUAA